AUGUUUUUGUUUUCGGGUGAGUGGCAGCCUUUCCUUCAUACAGUUGGUUGUGGACUUCAACAUACUUUCCUGCAGUUUUUGUGAAGCUACACGGAGUGUCGCUAUUCACCAGCAAUAACUUGUACGUCUUUCUCUCCACCCAUUUGUGUCAUUUACAGGGAGGAGACCUCAUAUAUUCAGUGUAAGGAAAGUCGCUUGCUUAACAUUUUAUUGACUAGUGGAUUUCGCUUUCAGUCGUUAUGAACGUUCGUUUGGUUGGAUAGCGCUAUAAUUUACCACACCAUUGCAUCGGGAAUACGUUUUAUUAGCUGAAAAUGGAAUGCAAAGGAUUCUCUGCCUUGAUGUUCUGCCUGACUUGGUUUAUUUUCCUACUGCGUACCAGCUAUGGAGACGUGACCUAUUCUGUUCCGGAGGAGCUGAAACGCGGAUCUGUGAUCGGAAAUAUAGCCAAGGAUCUGGGGCUGGAUGCAAAACGAAUCAUGCAUCGAAAAGCUCGCGUAGAUGCUGAUGGUAGCAGCAAACGUCAUUGUGAAAUCGAUCUGAAUACUGGUGAUUUGAUCGUUGCUGAAAUAAUAGACCGGGAACAGCUUUGCGGUAGGAGGAUUUCAUGCAACCUAAAAUAUGAGAUGGUUCUGGAGAAUCCCUUAGAAUUACAUAACAUAAUUCUUCAGGUACAAGAUAUUAAUGAUAAUGCUCCACAAUUCCAAGAAGAUGUGAUAAAGUUGGAUAUCACAGAGUCAGCAGUGAAAGGGGCUCGGUUUGCGGUUAACCAGGCUCAUGAUGCAGAUAUAGGACAGAAUUCCGUUCAAAGCUACACAAUACAAAGGAACGACCAUUUUAGUUUGGCGGUUCAUACCAUUCCCGGUGGGGGGAAGUAUGGCGAGUUAGUGUUAGAGACGGAACUAGAUCGAGAACGACAACAGGAGGUAUCAUUAUUACUUACUGCCGUUGACGGUGGGACUCCACAGAGAUCUGGUACUGUAGUUAUACACGUUACUGUGUUGGAUGCUAAUGAUAAUAAACCAGUGUUUAGCCAGAAUGUCUAUAAGGUCAGUGUACCUGAAAAUUCUCCAAUAGGGUCAUUAGUGGUUACUGUGACGGCAACAGAUGCAGACGAGGGGGCAAAUGGAGAAGUGACGUACGGAUUUGGCUCCAUCUCAGAUGAAGUGAAUCAAUUAUUUUCCCUUAAUCCCAAAACGGGUGAAAUUAACAUAGCUGGAUUUAUGGAUUACGAAAAGGAGUCAAUAUAUGAAUUAAGUAUUCAAGCGAAAGACAAUUCGGGGUUGACGUCAUUUGUCAACAUAGUUGUUGAUAUUAAAGAUGUGAAUGAUAAUGCACCAAUAAUAUUUAUCAAAUCUCUUAAAAAUCCCAUCCCUGAGGAUGUGUUACCUGGAACAGAGGUGGGCAUCAUUAAUGUACAGGAUAAAGACUCUGGGGGGAAUAGACAGGUCCGAUGCUCCAUUCAACAAAAUGUUCCUUUCAAACUAAACCCCUCAAUCAAAAACUACUAUUCUUUGGUAACAACUAGUGAAUUAGACCGAGAGAUAAUAUCAGAUUAUAACAUAACUAUCACUGCCACCGACGAGGGGUCUCCUCCUUUAUCCUCCUCGAAGACUAUUCAUUUAUCUGUAUCAGACGUUAAUGACAAUCCCCCUGCGUUUGAAGAACAAUCCUACAGUUCCUAUGUGACUGAAAAUAACAAGCCGGGCUCCUCUAUGUGUUCUGUUACUGCCAGAGACCCAGACUGGAGACAGAACGGCACGGUGGUCUAUUCUCUAUUGCCCAGUCAUGUCAAUGGUGUUCCGGUGUCCUCAUUUUUAUCCAUUAACGGAGACACGGGGGUGAUCCAUGCUGUGAGAACAUUUGAUUAUGAGCAGUUUAGGAGCUUCAAGGUCCACGUUGUAGCCAGAGACAAUGGUUAUCCUCCACUCAGCAGUAACGUGACAGUGAAUGUCUUCAUAACAGAUGAGAAUGAUAACUCUCCCCAGAUAUUAUACCCUGCUCCAGCAGGGAACUCCUUGAUGACUGAGAUGGUCCCCAAAGCUGCUCUGGCGGGGUCCCUGGUUUCCAAGGUGAUAGCUGUGGAUGCUGACUCAGGACAGAACUCUUGGCUGUCAUAUCAGAUCGUGAAAUCAACUGAUCCGGGACUUUUCAUGAUUGGUCUCCACAGUGGAGACAUCCGGGCACUGCGGGACAUUUCUGAAUCUGACAGUAUGAAGCAGAACCUUGUUAUAUCAGUGAAAGAUAACGGACAGCCCUCUCUCUCUACAACCUGUGAUGUAUAUUUACUCAUAUCAGAUAACUUGGCUGAAGUUCCAGAACUGAAAGACAUGGCUUAUGAGGAUAGUUCCAAACUAACUUCCUAUUUGAUCAUUAGUCUGGUCUCUGUCUCCACCUUUUUCCUGACUUUCAUUAUUCUCAUUCUGGCCGUGAGGUUCUGCCGCAGUAGAAAGCCUAGAAUGUUGUUUGAUGGAGCAGUCGCCAUUCCCAGCGCGUAUCUCCCUCCCAACUAUGCAGAGGUGGAUGGAGCUGGAACUCUGCGCAGUUCUUAUAACUAUGAUGCAUACCUGACAACGGGCUCACGCACCAGUGACUUCAAGUUUGUGAGAUCUUACAAUGACAGCACCCUGCCUGCUGAUGUUACACUUAAGAGGAGUCAAGUUGAGUGUUUGGGAGAAAGUAUAAUCACUCUUAAUGAUGCGGGAGAGUCUGAGCAAAAACCACCCAACAAUGACUGGCGCUUUACCCAGCAGGGACAGAGACCCGGACCCAGUGGACAGUACAGAUUGGUUCCCCACUACUCUACGCAAAGAUCCAAUAACACUGGCACUACUGACCGGCAAAAUAAUGGCACGUACAGGUACAGCACCAGCACCCAGCAGAGAUGGACACCGUACGGCAAGGCGAGAGCUGGCCCCCAUCCUGAGGGGGCAGGUGGUGCUAUAGUUGGAACAGGACCCUGGCCCAACCCCCCCACUGAGGCUGAACAGCUCCAGGCUCUGAUGGCUGCUGCCAACGAGGUGAGCGAGGCCACGGCGACCCUUGGACCCCGCUACAAUGCCCAGUUCCCCAUGCAGCAUGUGCCCGACUACCGCCAGAACGUCUACAUCCCCGGCAGCACGGCCACCCUGACGGCCAACCCCCAGCAGAUGAUGCCCCAGCCGGCCCUGCAGGGCCCGCCACAGGCCAUGCCCCAGGUCGAUGUCCCCAACGCUGCCCAGACCCCCGCCAGCAAGAAGAAGUCCACCAAGAAGGACAAGAAGUAAGCCAAGCUAGCACCAAGCCUCAUCGCCACAGAAACCAAGACCCCCCCCCCCCCAUACUGCCGAGUGUACUCCCUCAUUGGAAGCCUUGAUCUUUGUUUUUUUCUUAUGCUAUUCAAUCUGAUCGUCCCAGAAUUUUGGAUGUUUGUGAGCAUAUGUCACUUUGCAAAUGUUUGUAAUGGGCAACCGCUGUACUUCUUGCUUCUAUGGUCAUCACAGCUUACUUCAGGCAGAGGUUAUUGGUGUGUUCUAUGUGGGGUGGGAGGGGGAGGAAGAUUACAUUUGAUUUGUAUUGAAUCCAGAUGGAUUUCAAGGACUUGGAAUUCAUGUAGUGACCUAGCUCUGUAUUAUAGUAUUCUAAAGAAAAACAAAAAAAACUAUCUGAUGGUUUGUUUUAUUAAACCGUUCGAUGUUUCUCUAAAAUGCCAAGUAGUUCUGCUUCUUAUGGUGACACGGAUUACACGUACACCUUGUUAAGGUUUCUUUAGAGAACUUGCUUUAGCUCUUUUUAAUGGGAUGAAAUAGACAAGACAUGCAUGAUUCAUCCUGAAGAUGAAGAACCACUGAAGAUGAGCCGACACUCACGUACAUUUAAAAAAAGAGGCUAGCUCAACUUCAUCAAGAAAGUACCAAUUUCAUGAGAAUGCAUACUGUAGCAUUAACAACUUAAAACGCCUGUAAGGUUCAAUGUAGUUAUAUGACUUGCAAGCAAAACAACGGAUGCUGAUUUAAUGUUACUUACAAUGGUGGCCAUCCAAUUGUAUCCAGCUGCUUUUUAAAAUCUUGCCCAAGCAGGAUUCUGUGGUUAUUUACAUCAUCUGAGCCACGAUUGUCACCUUUUUCCAUCAUUAUUGGUAGAAUCCCGUAGAGUGACAUUAAAGCAUAACUUUGUUCAUAUAAUGUAACAUGGUAAAGAUGGAUCAGUGUUUUAUUAAGUUAGAACCAACAUUAUUUAGAUAUUGUAUCUGCGUUUCUUUGUAUCAACAUUAUGCCGGGCUGGCCCAGUGUGAUUGGCUCUGCACUGUGGACUUCUCUAAGGCUCAUAGACAGUCCUGAGAACACGCCCCCAGGGUUGGGAGUGUGGUAAGGGCAGAGGGAGGGGAAUGGGUGGACAGUCUCUGUCCUCUUGCCACAUGUACAGUAUCUCUCCGGCUAUGACAGCCGGUAAAUGUGCUCUCAUCACCUUUUUAGUUCACAGUCUUUAUUCCUUAGUUCUCUAGGAGAACCUUGAUCAGACCACAUGUUCAGUACACUACAACUCCAGGCACUGUAGGAUGUUCUGUAUGGACCAUUUACAGAAUCCUAUGGAUAAGCCUUGUUGCGGAGUUCAGGGACAUAUCAGAAUCAUGGACAGAGACCAUCUCUCUCUCCACUCCUAGUCUGGGGCACAGAUAAUGUUUUCAGUCCAUCCUAUAACCUGCCAAAACCCCAGAUGCACAGACACCCUGCCCCCAUGUAAAUAAGACACAUAGCUAGUCUGUAUGAAUCUUAGAGAGACACAUCACUCUCUGACCACAACCACACAGCUGGCUAGUACUGGAAUGUUUUGAAUAUUUUUCAACCCCCAAAAAAUAUGUGUUUCAGAUGAAAUGUAGUGGUGUAGUGACUAAGAGUUGAGCUGACUGAUUUAACCGAGCUGUAAAUAAAACUAAAACUUUCAACAGACAGCCGUAGCUAGAGGCUUGUGAAAUGUGUCGUGCAUAUGUUUGUGUUUUCUCUCUAUCGUAUUCUUUCUUUGGUCACUCCAAACUUUAAAGUGUAACACUCAACACCUAAAUGUCUUUAAGGUGUGAUUCCAAUUUCCCCCGUACCUCUUCCUGUGUUUGUGAUCUUUAUCAAUUGUUUAUGCUAAUGGCAUGCCACCCUUGCUCCUAUGGAUAUAAAUAUAUAUGCAUCUUCUGCUGGAAUAGUCCUCUGUAAUUCUAUUGUAUUAUCUUUCGUAUUAAAUUGCUUAGCGCUUCUCCCUGUUACACUCUUAUUUUAUAUGCAAAUAUUUACAUCGCUGUUAAUUUGUUUGUUUUCGUUUACUCUUUGAACACUGACAUUUCCGAAUAAAAAUGUAUUCUAAAAUCA